AUGGCUACAGCCGCUGUCGAUAUGGCUCUGCGGAGCAACAAGCCCCUUCCUUCUCCGCAGUUCGGUUCUACCCGUCGUAGCGCACCGCUGCGCUCGCGUGCGCCCGUCGUCGAUGAUGCUGACGAGCCCGAGGCGGCCGAGAUCGACGAAGCCGAGCCGGUGGAGCCGUUCUCGCUCGUGCCGCACGUCGCCGAGCAGACACUCCACGCCGUGCACAGCGCCAUCUUUGGGCAGCCGUGGGCGGACCUCGAGCUGGUGGUCAGCGGCGGCACCAAGGACGAGGUGAUCUAUGCCAACUCCAAGAUCCUCCGCAAGGCGUGCCCUGCGCUCAUGCGCCAGAUCCGCGUCACGGGCCGCGCGGAGCUCGACACCAUGGAGGGCGAGCUGCUCGCGUCGGGUGUGGCCAAGGCUACUCCGCGUGGGGCGAGGCCACAGAGCAGCCGACGAUCCACCAACAGUCUCGGCCUCGUCGACUUUGGAGGUCGCAGCUCCAGGCUCGGUGAGCUCGAUGACCAGCACGACCGAGAGGAGGAGGAGAUGGACGAAUAUGCGGACUCGGUGGAGCAGCCGCAGCACGACGAACAUGACGAGCACGACGAGUACGACCAUGAGGACCACUCGCCCGUCGAGUCGGUCAAGGUCGCAGGGGCUACGAACGUGGGCGCGCCAAUCGAGGUGGUCGUGCCGCCUACGUUUUCGCGCUCGUCGUCGCGCUUCUCGAAGCUGAUCAAGUUCAUGAACAAGGACAAGAUGUCUCCGAGCGCCGAGCUGGAGCCUCCCGUGCUUGCGUACAACACUGCGCCGGUGACGGAUUACGGCAAUGACACGGUCGGUCGCGGACGCGUUCGACGCUACAGUGCCGCCAACGAGCUCACCAACGCGGCGCCACGCACUUCCACCGCCUCUCGUGUCCAAGUGACAGGCUGUUCGGCCGCCACGCUCCAGGCGCUCGUGUUCUACCUGUACACGGGCCAUGCCACGUUCGCCUCGCGUCUGCCGCCCUCUCGGCGCUACGCCGACUCUGCCAGUGGCUCGGAUGGCGAGUACAGCGACGACGAGGUGGCCGAGCCGCCUGUCGCACGCAUGGGCAAGACGUCGAGCUUCCCACCCGUCUUCUCGGCGACGGCAGCGUACUGCGUAGGCCGACAGCUCGGGCUGCGCGAUCUGGCCACCAAGGCGUUCGACCACAUCUGCCUGGAGCUGUCGCCGCAGAGUGUGCUGUCGGAUCUGCUGAGUCCGUUCGUGGACCGCUUCGACGAGGUGCAGCGCGCGCACCUCGAGUACGUCUCGGACCACUGGGACCGCGUCAAGCGCCGGCCGGACUUUGAGCACACGGUGGGCAGACUCGUCAACGGCGAGUAUCCGCGCGCCAACAAGGCGCUGCUCAAGCUCUUUGCCAAGCUGUCGGUCACUGGUGCCGCCCCGCGCGUCUGA